AUUGCGAAACUCAGAAAACAUUAGGGUUUAUUUUUGUUCCCCAAAAUCGAGCAUGAGAAGUCUAAGUUAUAGAUCCUUAUCUGAUGAUGAAGAUGAUGAUCCAUCAAGUCUCAAGGCCAUGGUAAAGAAUUUUGAUGAGCCGCCUUUCGUGUUAGUUAGUCGCGAGGAUGAGAUGUUCCCGAUCGAUGAGAUGUUGGCCAUGGAGUGUAGAUUUCUGCGUCCAUAUAUGAAAAAUAGGGAAUUUGGGGAGAUGAAUGUCGAUAUCUCGGCCAAUGUCCUCGCAAAGACUGUUUACUUCAUUCAGAAACAUCUCGAGAUCGUCAACACUAGAAACAAUUUCAAGGAUUUCUAUUCCGAAUUUGUGAAAGAGAAUCAAAGCAUUCUCGUGGAUCUUAUUGAUGCCGCUGUCAUUCUGCAUAUCCAAAGCCUCUUGGACGUCGCAAGUAAAGCUGUUGUUGACAUGCUCAUUGGGAAGACUCGUGAAGAGAUUCGUACGAUCCUCAACCUGAAGGACGAUUUAACUGUUGAGGAGAUGUCUAAUGUGUACGCGUUUAAAACUUGGGUAUUUGUGCAUGACAUGUAGGAUUGUAGGCUCAAGUAGUAGCAAUGACUUGUUAGAAGUAAAACAUUAGUUAAUGAUUGAUCAUUGAUAGGCUCUGCUUUGGUUAUGUUUUGUUAUGUUGCUCUUCUGUCUUUUGUUUUAGCGUUUUUGUACUCUCGUACACCAGAAGUUGACAUUGUCAUUUGAUGUUGUGGGUUGUUAUGUUCAUGUUCCUUGUACC